AGUUUCCCAGGGGCCAGGGGACAGGGUCGCCAGGCAUCUCCUGGGCCCUGGGGGCUCUGCGGAGCCAGCGGAAUGGUCCAUCUGGAUUGCAGAAGCCGUGGCUGGGGCUCGGCGCCAGCUCCCGGAGUGUAGACAUUUGGGGGGAGGGGAGAGCGACAAGGAGCCAGCGCCAGAGAGAGGCAGAGCGCGGCGCGCACAGACAGGGGGCUGCCGGGGCUGCGCGGGGAAGAUGUAAGCGCGUGGGGUCGAGCUGGCCUCCGAGCACCAUGCAGAAGGGGAUCCGGCUGAACGAUGGCCAUGUCGCAUCCCUGGGGCUGCUGGCGCGCAAGGACGGAACGCGCAAAGGCUACCUGAGCAAGCGGAGUUCGGACAACACAAAAUGGCAAACCAAGUGGUUCGCGCUGCUGCAGAACCUGCUCUUCUACUUCGAAAGCGACUCGAGCUCCAGGCCCUCGGGGCUCUACCUGCUGGAGGGCUGCGUCUGCGACCGCGCGCCCUCCCCCAAGCCCGCGCCCUCCGCCAAGGAGCCGCUGGAGAAACAGCACUAUUUCACGGUGAACUUCAGCCACGAGAACCAGAAGGCCCUGGAGCUGAGGACAGAGGAUGCCAAGGACUGUGACGAGUGGGUGGCGGCCAUCGCUCAUGCCAGCUACCGGACCCUGGCCACGGAGCACGAAGCCCUGAUGCAGAAGUACCUGCACCUGCUGCAGAUCGUGGAGACGGAGAAGACCGUGGCCAAGCAGCUGCGGCAGCAGAUCGAGGACGGGGAGAUCGAGAUCGAGCGACUGAAAGCGGAGAUCGCAUCCCUGCUCAAGGACAAUGAGCGAAUCCAGUCCACCCAGACCGUCACCCCCAACGAUGAGGACAGUGACAUCAAGAAAAUCAAGAAGGUGCAGAGCUUCCUGCGGGGCUGGCUGUGCCGCCGCAAGUGGAAGAGUGUGAUCCAGGACUACACCCGCUCGCCGCACGCCGAGAGCAUGCGCAAGAGGAACCAGGUGGUGUUCAGCAUGCUGGAGGCCGAGGCCGAGUACGUGCAGCAGCUGCACAUCCUGGUCAACAACUUCCUGCGCCCCCUGCGCAUGGCCGCCAGCUCCAAGAAGCCCCCCAUCACGCAUGACGACGUCAGCAGCAUCUUCCUCAACAGCGAGACCAUCAUGUUCCUCCACCAGAUCUUCUACCAGGGCCUGAAGGCCCGCAUCUCCAGCUGGCCCACUCUGGUCCUGGCCGACCUGUUCGACAUCCUGCUGCCCAUGCUGAACAUCUACCAGGAGUUCGUGCGCAACCACCAGUACAGCCUGCAGAUCCUGGCGCACUGCAAGCAGAACCGCGACUUCGACAAGCUGCUGAAGCACUACGAGGCCAAGCCCGACUGCGAGGAGCGCACCCUGGAGACGUUCCUCACCUACCCCAUGUUCCAGAUCCCGCGGUACAUCCUGACCCUACACGAGCUCCUGGCCCACACCCCGCACGAGCACGUGGAGCGGAACAGCCUGGACUACGCCAAGUCCAAGCUGGAGGAGCUGUCCAGGAUCAUGCACGACGAAGUGAGUGAGACGGAGAACAUCCGGAAGAACCUGGCCAUCGAGCGCAUGAUCAUUGAAGGCUGCGAGAUUCUGCUGGACACCAGCCAGACCUUCGUGAGACAAGGCUCCCUCAUCCAGGUGCCCAUGUCCGAAAAGGGCAAGAUCACCAGGGGGCGCCUGGGCUCUCUGUCCCUGAAGAAGGAGGGUGAGAGACAGUGCUUCCUGUUCUCCAAGCACCUGAUCAUCUGCACCCGAGGCUCCGGCGGGAAACUGCACCUGACCAAGAACGGAGUGGUGUCCCUCAUCGACUGCACCUUGCUGGAGGACCCGGAAGGCUCGGAGGAAGAAGCCAAAGGGUCCGGGCAAGACAUGGACCACCUGGACUUUAAGAUUGGGGUGGAGCCAAAGGACUCCCCACCCUUCACCGUCAUCCUCGUGGCCUCGUCCAGACAGGAGAAGGCGGCGUGGACCAGCGACAUCAGCCAGUGUGUCGACAACAUCCGGUGCAACGGGCUCAUGAUGAACGCCUUUGAGGAGAACUCCAAGGUCACAGUGCCGCAGAUGAUCAAGUCCGACGCCUCCCUGUACUGCGACGACGUGGACAUCCGCUUCAGCAAGACCAUGAACUCCUGCAAGGUGCUGCAGAUCCGCUACGCCAGCGUGGGCCGGCUGCUGGAGCGGCUCACCGACCUGCGCUUCCUCAGCAUCGACUUCCUCAACACCUUCCUGCACUCCUACCGCGUCUUCACCACGGCCCUGGUGGUCCUGGACAAGCUCAUCACCAUCUACAGGAAGCCCAUCAGCGCCAUCCCCGCCAGGUCGCUGGAGCUCCUGCUGGCCAGCGGCCAGAACAACAAACUCCUCUACGGGGACCCCCCCAAGUCUCCACGGGCCACCCGCAAGUUCUCCUCCCCGCCACCGCUGUCCCUCACCAAGACAUCCUCGCCCAGCCGCCGGCGCAAGCUGUCCCUGAACAUCCCCAUCAUCACGGGAGGCAAGGCCCUGGACCUGGCCGCACUCAGCUGCAACUCCAACGGCUACACCAGCAUGUACUCGGCCAUGUCGCCCUUCGGCAAGGCCACGCUGGACACCAGCAAGCUCUACGUGUCCGGCAGCUUCGCCAACAAGAUUGCAGACGAAGCGGACGUGACCCCCGAGAAGCCAGAAGACCCCUCGGCCCUUAGCAAGCAGGGCUCCGAGGUCUCCAUGAGGGAAGAGUCGGACACUGAGCAGAACCAGAGUGACGAUGCCGACACCGAGAUGUCACCAACCAAAUCUCCAACGACGCCGAAAUCUGUCAAGAGCAAAAAUCCCUCAGAGUUCCCGCUCUUUUCCUACAAUAACGGGGUUGUCAUGACGUCCUGCCGUGAGCUGGACAACAAUCGCAGCGGCCUGUCGGCGGCCUCCGCCUUUGCCAUAGCGACCGCGGGCGCCAACGAGGGCACCCCGAACAAGGAGAAGUACCGGAGGAUGUCCUUGGCCAGCGCAGGGUUUCCCGCCGACCAGAGGAACGGAGACAAGGAGUUUGUGAUCCGCAGAGCGGCCACCAACCGCGUCCUGAAUGUGCUGCGCCACUGGGUGUCCAAACACUGGCAGGACUUCGAGACCAACGAGGAGCUGAAGUGCAAGGUGAUUGCCUUCCUGGAGGAGGUCAUGCAUGACCCAGAGCUCCUGACCCAGGAGCGGAAGGCCGCAGCCAACAUCAUCAGGACUCUGACGCAAGAGGACCCAGGGGACAAUCAGAUCACGCUGGAGGAGAUCACGCAGAUGGCCAUGGGCGUGAAGGCCGAGCCCUUUGAAAACCACUCGGCCUUGGAGAUCGCAGAGCAGCUGACCCUGCUGGACCACCUGGUCUUCAAGAAGAUCCCUUACGAGGAGUUCUUUGGGCAGGGCUGGAUGAAACUGGAGAAGAACGAGCGGACCCCGUACAUCAUGAAAACCACCAAGCACUUCAACGACAUCAGUAACUUGAUCGCUUCAGAAAUCCUCCGUAACGAGGACAUCAACGCGAGGGUGAGCACCAUCGAGAAGUGGGUGGCCGUGGCCGACAUCUGCCGUUGCUUGCACAACUACAACGCUGUGCUGGAGAUCACCUCGUCCAUGAACCGGAGCGCCAUCUUCCGGCUAAAAAAGACGUGGCUCAAAGUCUCUAAGCAGACGAAAGCUUUGAUCGACAGGCUCCAGAAGCUUGUGUCCUCAGAGGGCAGAUUUAAGAAUCUGCGAGAAGCCCUGAAAAAUUGUGACCCCCCCUGUGUCCCUUACCUGGGGAUGUACCUCACCGACCUGGCCUUCAUUGAAGAGGGGACACCCAACUACACGGAGGACGGCCUGGUCAACUUCUCCAAGAUGAGAAUGAUAUCCCACAUUAUCCGAGAGAUCCGCCAAUUUCAGCAAACCGCCUACAAGAUAGAGCACCAAGCCAAGGUAGCCCAGUACUUACUGGACCAGUCCUCCGUCAUGGACGAAGAGAGCCUCUACGAGUCUUCUCUCCGAAUAGAACCCAAACUCCCCACCUGAAGCUGCUCCGUCCAGACGCAGCCGCUCCCAAGGACCCGCUCGUGACACUGUACAUAUCCGCCGGCUCCUCUGGACUGUCUCCUGCGGUGCGCUGCUCCAAGAACACACACCAUUCCUGUUCUU